AACUGAGAACCAGACAGUUCAGAGUUCAGUAUCGAUGAUGCAAGUCUGUGGUUCUCAUCUCAUGACCUUUGCACUUUUAACAUGGCUCCGAUUGAUGGCCUAAUACGUGACUUCAUUUUCAUGAGUAUUGGUGUCUUUGUCAUAUUUUUAAUGUAUAAAUGGCUAUUUCCAAAUCAUUUAUCAAAGAUGAGAAAGCGUUUCACGGCAUGGCUAUUAUCUAAAGGCAUGCCGCGAGUACACAAUUAUUGCAAAAACGAAAAGCAGCUACUGUUCAAGAAGUUAGAGAAACAUCAUAAGCAGUUGGGCUGUAGGCUGAACAUACUGGAGGUUGGCAUUGGAUCAGGCAUCAAUGUUGCACAUUUUCCUCCAGACAGCUGCUUAUCAUGUAUUGAGCCUAAUUUUGAAAACCGGGUGUAUGUGGAACAGAACAUCAAAAACAAGGCGCCCAGUAUCAAGCUGGAAAAGUUUGUUGUUGGAUUUGCAGAGGAUAUGCCUGAUUUUAAGGACAAUACAUUUGAUGUUGUUGUCUGCACUUUUGUUUUGUGCUCUGUGCGUAGCCAGGAGAGAGCACUGAAGGAAAUAAGACGGGUGUUGAAACCUGGUGGACUUUUUCUCUUCUUGGAGCAUGUGGCAGCCCCCAAAUCUUCACUUUCCCGUUGGAUCCAGGAAAAACUGCAGGUUAUAUGGCCAUAUUUGUCGGAUGGUUGUAAUUUGAAUAAAGAAACAUGGCAGCAAGUAAAAAAUGCUGAUUUCUCUGAAGUGGACAUAACACAUUUUAAUCUUAGGUUAAAACUUUUACAAUUCCUCAGCUCAGGAAUGUUUGGUGUAGCUAUAAAGUAAUUUUUACCUUAGCCUGCUGCUGUUAGGAAGGAGAUAAUUUAACAUAUCCUGACCAUGUUCUAUUAUAUUAGGCAAUGCAGAAAAUGUUAAUUCUUGCUUUAAAAGUAACUGUGACUUUAAUGCAACACCAAAUCAGGUUUUAUCCCAUUUUCACUCUCCUGUAUUAUGUUGUCACCCUGAAGAUGUAAGAACUUUAAUGAGUAGAUGCCCUUUUAUUUAUUUAUAUGGGAGGUGGUUUAUUUAUUCUUGUGAAAUUAUAUUAUCUUUGGAUGUAUCAUUUUACUUCUUGUUGUAUUUAAUUUAUUGAAUAGUAAACAACAAGCAAUCUGCUACCGCUCAUAUUUUGUAUUUAUUUCAACUAAUGGUUUGGCACUGACCUCCCAGCUAGUCAUAAUCACAUAUACAACUGGCAAGACCUGUCUGAACAUGCCACAGACGAUUGAAAAAGAGUCAAGAGACAACUGUGCUUUAUUGCGACUUAUUGCAGACAUUACGUUCAAAACUAUAAAUAAUGCAUUUUCAUUUACUGUGAUUCAUAUGUAUUGAUCAAUUGCUCUUACCUGGAGAGCAAAUUCCCCUAUAAAUCAUGCCUAACAAUGGAAUAAGCUUGUCCAACUAAAAGCAAAAAAGACAAAUAAAGCAUUAUAUUGGUUCCA